UUGACAAGGCGCUACAUCGAUAGAGGAUUAACAUGUUCUCCUGCUAUCCGUCUUCGCACGGGAAAUUCUUCUCUAACGAGUUGUCUCUACCAGGACGAUUAAGACGUGCACUUUAUAGAAAACCCUCUACCCGUCUGGGAUUUCGAGUGUUUGACCUCGCCGUGACCUUUACCCUUUGUUUGGUAUACGUCAUCAGAGUUGAAUUGGAUGACUACAUAAGCUAUCAAUGUGGCGGGCUGCACUGUUCAGUUUCGACCAUACAGCUACCCAAGGAAACCGAUACCAUGGCUUUUUCAUCGAAUGCCAUCAAUUGGUAUCUCCUGUUAUGGGUUCGCCGACCUUUCACGAUUUGGAUCAUACAGAUGAUACUGUCAUCGAUAUGGUUCUUCAAGGGAAUACUAACACUGUACAUUAGUCCAAAGGGAACCCGACUUCGAAGAUUUUGGUACGAUGGUCUGCUUUUAGAUUGGCUAUGUACACUGCCUCACCUACUGACGGUAUGCUAUAAACAUAUCUAUCUUCAGUUUGUGCCAGCGCUGAGAAAUCUGUUCCUGCCUGGGGGGUUCUUGGCCUGUUGGCUGGUCCGCCGGGUCAUUCAAAAUCUACUUAACGACCUCCACCUUACAAAACAACGAUGUCAGGCAACGUCUGUGACCUUCAAACAUGAACUGACGCUGCUUCUAAUCACAAUGUCAUGUUUGAUAUUUACCACAAUGUGUGGUAUACAGCACAUACAGAGGGGAAGUAGUGGGGCAGAACUGACCAUGUUCGAAUCGUUCUAUUUUGUGAUCGUGACCUUCAGCACUGUUGGGUACGGUGAUAUAUCUCCGGACACCUGGCUCGGACAGCUCUUUAUGACGUGCAUGAUCGGUAUAGCAUUCGCCUUCAUACCAAGACAGGUGGAGGGAUUUAUGUCAGCCUUUAAAGAUGUACGUAAAACAGGUGGGGAGUAUAGUCAGUCCAAUGCACGUGGGAAGCAUCACGUGGUCUUAUGUACCACGAGCAUAUCAGCGGAAUCUAUGCUGUAUUUCCUAAUAGAGUUUUAUGCUCAUCCACAACUCGAGGAUCACACAGUGGUUCUCUUAAGUACAGAACAAAGAGAGGCCAGCUUACGUAUACUCCUGAAGGAUCCGAAGUGGGCCUAUCGAGUUAUAUACAUGCAAGGGUCUGCUCUCAACGACGUCGAUCUCGAAAGAUGCAGAAUGGCCGACGCUGAUGCCUGCUUCAUACUUCUGCCCGCAGUAUCCAACAACAACAAUGAAACUGAUCAGCUGACCCUCAUGUAUUACUGGGCAGUCAAAGACUUUGCUCCACACUGUCGGCAGUACAUAAAGAUCUACAAACAGGAGAGCAAACUACACAUAUAUAAUGAAGAUCACGUGGUGUGUGGAGAUGAACUCAAGUUCUCUAUUCUAGCCAACAACUGUCUCCAUCCCGGGUUGUCGUCCUUCAUCACCCUCCUGGUGCAUUCUUCCACUGUCGAAGUAUCAUCCCUAGGGACAGAGCCAUGGCAACAACUGUACGGACGACAUUCCAGCCACGCCCUCUUUCACAUACAGCUGAAUCAGAGUAAAAUGUUCCAACGGUAUAGAGGCUGGAGCUUCACCCUUGCUUCAGCCGACGCUCAUAAAAGAUAUGGAGUGGGCUUAAUAGCGGUUCAGGACCGCACAAGACAUGAUUCCCGGUUACACCUUAAUCCUGGUGAUGGAUACAAACUGCGGGACUACGACUGUUUAUUUUACAUGGCUGACGUACCUGAAGAGCGAGGGGAUGUUCUACCAUCACCUUGGUCUGUUUCUACUAGAGAGUACGUCGAUAACGAUCAAUUGCAGGCCCUGAAUAAUAACUCACAGCAACAGGGGAUUGAUAGUCCGUACAACAAUCGAGAGCCUGGAAUUGUGUCUUCACCUUGGGAAGUAGGGUUACAGCAGUGCUGCAUACAAGACGGGAUAAACAGCUCGCCAUCAGAGGAAAGCUCUGUCAUUGGUCCGCCGCCGUCUUCAUCGAGCACCAUUAACCAUUCUACUAGGUGUCACGUGAUGAAGACUAGGCGCCCGGAUUGUUGUUUACAAUGGGGAAAGGAUUGCGACCAUUGUGCUUACAAAAACGCACGUCACAACCUUUACGGGAAUCAGCUGAUUAUCUUAGCGGCUGAAGAAUCAAGUGCAGGGAUGAUGAACUUCUUCGUCCCUCUUCGGUCACAUAUCAUUGCAAAGGAUGAGAUCAAACCUAUCGUCGUCCUCCUUGGAAAUCAACCAAAUGAUGUAUUCCUUGAAACAAUAGCAUAUUAUCCUCUUAUAUUCUGGAUUCAGGGAAGUAUAUCAAGCAUCGACGACCUUAUCAAAUCAGGAAUACACAGAGCGGCACACCUCGUGGUACCUAGCAUGCAGUUCUCCUCUGUUACUGAUUCGGACGUACUAGUGGCCGUCCGGACAAUACAAAGGUUGUUUCCAUUCACCAACGUUAUAACCGAACUAUCACAGGCUUCAAACAUUCGGUUUAUCAACAGUCGUAAUUCGGAUACACAAACUCUUCCGGUGGCCAAACUGGAAAGGAGGCUUAAAGAAAAGAUGAGUUCAACGCUUCCCAAUCUUUUCCAUCAACAUUUCGCCGCGGGAAAGGUGUUUAGUGUUUCCCUGUUAGACAGUAUGCUGUAUCAGACAUUUGUGAAGCGCUACCUCAUCAAUUUUGUACGUCUGCUUAUUGGAAUCGAGACAGAAAACAAUGCAGGGUAUUUGUCUAGUAUUCGAGUAAAUGGGACAGCCUCCUCGACAUACACCACGUUCGGGGAACUGUACUACGGUCUGGCGUCUUCCUCAGGAAACAUCCCAUUGGCGAUUUAUAGGACAGAAAAACCUCUGAAGACAGCAGAGCCAAAAUUUAAGACGAAUACACGCCGUACAAAUGACUAUGUGCAUGGUAGACUCAAGAGUUUAGGCAUGGAUACGGAUGCAUACGUUUUAGGCUUGGACCAAGAACGUGACACAGACAUAUCGUACGUCAUCCCGAACCCUACCCCAGAGACCAAACUACUGGACGGAGAUGUCGUGUAUGUUCUGUUGCCUGGCAACUUCAUUGGCCAUCCUCCGCCGACACUGACAGCUGAUGUGACCAGAACUUCGGCGUCUCAUGGAGUCCAUGUCUGA